UCUCUGACUCUGCGAGGAACCUGCCUGGGAGACUGGGUUCCACCAGAGCGUCCCUGAGAUCUUGAGUCCUUUGGAAAGGCCAUGGGGGAUCAGGACCUACCAGGGGUUUUGGUGUCUGGAUUUGAAGGGCCAUCUGGUAUAUGUAAAGAUCACGUUGGAGAGUUGCAGAAAUACUUUAAUCUCAUUACCGUGCAAGACCUGCUAGAAAAUAAAACACAAGUGGGUCCAAAGAUCCAGGCUGUAUAUAUCUGGAACAGAAAGCCAGCUAUUGAUCAGGAGCUCCUGCAGAGCCUGCCCGCCUUGAAGAUUGUUGCCAACGCAGGAGCCGGUUUAGACCACCUGGACCUGAAGCUCAUCGCCAGCUUUGGCGUGAAGGUGGCCAACACACCGCAGGCUGUUUCCAGUCCCACGGCAGACAUGGGGAUGGCCUUACUGCUGGCGGCAGCCCGGAGAGUGGUGGAAGGUCACCAGUUGGCCACCUCACCAGAUACAAAGAACUUUUCCACAAACUGGCUGGGCCAGGAAGUGACGGGGUCCACCCUGGGGAUUAUCGGCAUGGGCAGUAUUGGUUACAAGGUCGCUCAGCGGGCCCGGGCAUUUGAAAUGAACAUUCUGUACCACAACAGGAAACGCAGGAAAUCAGAGGAGGAGGAAGCUGUUGGGGCCACUUACUGUGAGAGGCUGGAUGACCUCCUUCAGCGAUCAGACUUUGUGAUGUUGGCCAUGAGCCUGACACCCCAAACCCAGCGGCUGAUCGGGAGGAGGGAGCUGAGGCUGAUGAAACCUACGGCCAUCCUCGUCAACAUCGGCAGAGGCCUGUUAGUCGAUCAGGAUGCCCUGGUGGAAGCUCUUCAGACUGGAGUCAUUGGAGCAGCAGCACUGGAUGUGUCGUACCCAGAGCCCCUGCCCAGUCUUCCCCAUCUGUAUUUCAGAGAUCAUCCUUUGUUGAAGUUGAAGAAUGUCACUCUGACACCUCACAUUGGAAGUGCAACUCAUCAAGCCAGAUGGCAGAUGAUGGAAAAUUUGAUUGGAAGUAUCCUGGCUUCUCUCAAUGGCCUUCCCAUUCCUAAUGAAGUGCUACUUAAAUGAUUUAUGUGGGCUGAGAAUUCAGAGGGAUUAAAUAUGGCUUUCCCAUAAUAUGGCUAA